CGUUGUUGUCCUUAAUUAAUUAGCUAAAGUUAAUGCAACCACCUGCCAAUGAAACAUGAAAAUCACCCGCUCUCUGUUUAAAGCCGCUUCACUAGUCAGAAAUCCACAGCUCGAUGCCAUGAAUCGCAUAUCCUCCAUCGUCGUCCUCCUCCUCCUCCUCCUCCUUGGCCUCUACCGUUCGGCUGCGGCCAGGAGGUACCCAACUGAAGACCAUCUCCGAUUGCCCUCAGAAGCCUCUAGAUUCUUCGACAGAGUCAGCGGUGUUGUUGAUGAUGAUGAUGACGACACAUCGGGGACCAGAUGGGCAGUACUGAUUGCCGGCUCUAGUGGCUACUGGAAUUACAGGCAUCAGGCUGAUAUUUGUCAUGCAUACCAGAUCUUAAGGAAAGAUGGGUUGAAAGAUGAGAACAUUAUUGUUUUCAUGUAUGAUGACAUUGCUUUAAAUGAAGAGAAUCCAAAGCCUGGAGUUAUCAUUAACAGCCCUAACGGCUCUGAUGUGUACAAAGGAGUGCCAAAGGAUUAUACUGGGGAAGAUGUUACUGUUGGCAACUUUUUCGCUGUUAUCCUUGGAAAUGGAACUGCUCUUACUGGGGGCAGUGGGAAGGUUGUUGAUAGUGGUCCCAAUGAUCAUAUCUUCAUAUACUAUAGUGAUCAUGGGGGUCCUGGUGUGCUUGGGAUGCCUACUUAUCCUAAUCUCUAUGCUGACGAUCUGAUAAAAGUCUUGAAGAAGAAGCAUGCUUCUGGGACCUAUAAAAGUUUGGUAUUUUAUCUAGAAGCUUGUGAGUCCGGAAGCAUUUUUGAGGGUCUUCUUCCAGAAGGUUUGAACAUCUAUGCAACUACAGCAUCAAAUGCAGAAGAGAGUAGUUGGGGAACUUAUUGCCCUGGAGAGGAUCCCAGUCCUCCCCCUGAAUAUGAAACUUGUUUGGGUGAUUUGUAUAGCGUUGCUUGGAUGGAAGACAGUGACAUUAGCAAUCUGCGGACUGAAACCUUGCAGCAGCAGUAUGAACUGGUUAAAAGUAGGACUGCAAAUGGAAAUUCUGCAUAUGGCUCUCAUGUCAUGCAAUAUGGUGAUACAAAUCUUAACAAUGACCACCUUUACCUGUAUAUUGGUACAAAUCCUACAAAUGUUAACCUUACUAAUGUAAAUGAGAAUUACAUGAGGCCAUCUACAAAAGCUAUCAACCAACGAGAUGCUGAUCUCGUCCAUUUUUGGGAUAAGUUCCGCAAGGCUCCAGAAGGCUCUCCUAGGAAAGUUGAAGCCCAAAAGCAGUUUGUUGAAGCAAUGUUGCAUAGAAUGCAUAUAGAUGACAGUGUGAAACUUACCGGGAAGUUCCUAUUUGGAAUUGAGAAAGGUCCAGUGGUUCUCAAUAUUGUUCGACCUGCUGGACAGCCACUUGUUGAUGACUGGGGUUGCCUUAAGACACUGGUGAGGACUUUCGAGACACAUUGCGGAUCCCUCUCACAGUACGGGAUGAAACACAUGAGAGCCUUUGCAAACAUUUGUAAUGCCGGGAUUCAAAAGGAGCAGAUGGAUGAAGCAUCAGCUCAAGCUUGUAUCAGCAUCCCUUCUUGGUCUUGGAGCUCUCUGCACAAGGGAUUCAGUGCAUGAUUAAAGUUUAAUGCACUGUCUUCGAAAGACCAGAGCUUGAAAUGUGUUGAUACAUAUACAUAUUUAUAAUCCUGCUGUAUUUUGAUAAUAGUUCCUACGAUUGCUUCAGUGUAAAUAGAAUCAAGCAAGCUCCUAUAAAAUAGACUGCUCUGUACUAAAGGACAUGUUUAAAAAUGUAAAUAAUAUGAAAGUGCUUGUACUA